GACUCCAUGCAAGGAAGACGACGCAAACAAGUGCUGAACCUUCCAACGAACACCUGAAACAGCCAUGGACUGGGAGAAAACGUCUAAUCAGUCCAGAAUGAACUCCUCGGCCCCAGCCUCUGACUCUUCUUCUUCCUUCCCUUCAUCCUGCUGCAAUUCUUCUCACCUCCUCUUCCACCCAUCGCUGUUUCCAGUCCCCGCGUUUUCUGGCUUUGACCUACUGUUCAGUCUGAAGCUCCUCUUCAUUCCCCUCUACUCUGCCGUGGUAUUGAUUGCCUGCUCUGGGAACCUCCUCCUCCUCUUCCUCAUCUGGCACAACAAAAAAAGACACAACACAACAAAUUUCCUUAUCAGCAACUUGGCGCUCGUCGACCUGGUGAUGUGCAUCUUCUGCGUCCCUUUGACGGCCUCCUAUGCCUUUGAUAGACGUGGAUGGGUGUUUGGAUACCACAUGUGCCAUUUUGUUACCGUGAUGCAGUCCACAGCUGUAUACGCCGCAGUCCUGUCCCUCAUGGCCAUUGCAGUAGACCGUUACAUAGUUGUAGCUUAUCCUAUUCGCAAAAGAGCGGGAUGCCAGUUCUGCUGCUGCCUGGUAGUACUGAUCUGGUUGUCAUCUUUGGCCUUAUCCACCCCAACUGCCCUUCACACAGUGUACCUGGAGCUGCAUGCUGCGGGCCUGGAGAUGGCAGUCUGUGAGGAGUUUUGGGAUGGCCAGGAACAAGGCCGACUCAUUUACUCCUGUUUCAUCCUCUUCUUUUCCUACUUUGUUCCACUGGCUGCAGUGUCCAUUUCUUACUGUGCUAUAUCAUACCAGCUGAAGCGGAGGACCACGUCAGGUUUGACGGCUUGUCCCGAGCUGAGAUGUGCACGGGCCGCCUGGAGUAGACGACGUAAGAAGACCUUCUGUCUGCUGCUGGUGUCUGUCCUCUGCUUUGCUUUCUCUUGGCUUCCCUUACAGGUGGUGAAUCUGAUCUGUGACCUGGACACAGACUUCACCAUACUGGGGAAAAACUACAUUAAUGUCAUCCAGGUGUCUGCCCACCUGUUGGCCAUGAGCUCAGCCUGCUACAACCCCUUCAUCUAUGCUUCGCUGCACAAUAAAUUUCUGUCCUACAUCUGUAUCAAACCUCUGACUCGGAGGGGAAAAGAAAAGUACGGAGGUCGGGGGUCGAGCGUCCUGACGAAUUCUCACAGAUUGCCACGUCUCAACACCUUUACAACUGUGGCUGAUUUACCUGCUGUUGUUCUGAAUGACCUUGUUGAAAAAGAAAUAUACUUCUGACGCGCUUUGUUUUGCCUAACAAAAGGAGAAAGGAUUUUCAAAGCAUGUCCACAAACAGCCCUAAAAGUAGAUGGGAUGCAGGAAGCUUCUUUUUCUCCGCAGCUUUGAUUUUAAUCUUGCCUUUAUUGCAACAAAUGAUGAAAUUAAUAG